AUGAAUAGCCAAAUAGAAGACGGAACAUCCGCUUCACAGAAGGAGACCUCCUCUAUUUCAGUCCUCGGUUCACCUAGUGAAGACAACCCAGCGCCUCACAAAGUGCCCAGAGAACAACUAACUGUGGAUCACAUUAAGAAAAUUAGAGAAGAACGUGCUCAAAAAAGACAGAUACGCAGGAGUUCCCUAAUAUCCCAGGGAAAGGACCCUGAUUUCCCAACGCCUGACUUACAAUUCAUUGAAAGACCCUUGCUCGAUAUCAGCCAUGAAAAUUCAAAAGGUCCUACGUCACCAACCAUACAAGCCACCUCCAAUUCACUGGACGUUAAGAUAAUGACCUAUAACACUUUAGCACAAACCUUGAUUAGAAGAGAUUUUUUCCCACAAAGUGGACCAGCAUUAAAGUGGCAUAAAAGAUCAAAAGUUCUGGUUCACGAAUUGAAGAAAUAUCGGCCUGAUAUUGUAUCGUUGCAGGAGGUCGAUUAUAAUGAACUGCACUUCUGGCAGGAGAAUUUUCAUAAGCUGGGGUUUGAUUUAACUUUUAAAAGGCAUGAAGGGAAAACUCAUGGACUACUGGUUGCAUGGAAUAAUAAAAAAUUUCAGCUAGAUAAUGAAUGGAUGCUAGACUACGAUAACGUAUUGGCAGGAAACGUUAUAUCUGCAAGAACAAGGACUAAGAAUAUUGCCCUUAUUAUAUCACUUAAUUUCAAAGACGUAACAGACUCAUCAUCAAGUGGAGUUAUCGUCGCAAAUACACAUUUAUUUUGGCACCCAUUCGGGGUUUUUGAGAGAUUAAGACAAUCUUACUUGGUCUUGCAAAAGAUUCAGGAAAUUAAAACUUGUUCGAAAUACAACGGCUGGCAUAGCUUGUUGAUGGGUGAUUUCAACACCGAACCUGAAGAGCCACCGUACCUAGCCAUAACGAGGAGGCCAUUGAUAUUAACAGGCUCAAUAAGAGCUAUGGUAGAAUGCUCACUAGCGUAUCAAUAUUCGAAAAAAAGGAAUGGAGAAGAAAGCGACCAGGAUGAUGAAGAAUGUGAUGAAAAAUCUAGGGGUGAAGGUCAUUCAGAUCAACCACAAAACCCAAAACCAAAGAGCUUUGCAGCGACAAAGGAAGAAAAGGCCCUGGUGAAUCAGUUAGUUGCAUUGCAUAAUUCUCUGAAUGUUAGAGGAAUAUCUUUAUACGGGCUUGGCUACGGUAAAGUGCAUCCUGAGAAUGCUAACGGAAGCCAUGGCGAACCAGAACUCUCAAACUGGGCCAAUACAUGGUGUGGAUUAUUAGAUUACAUAUUUUAUAUUGAGGAUAAUGGCAGUAAAGGUGCGCGCAAGAGAGAACCUCUAACCGUUUUUGAAGAAAAUAACAGGGUAAGAGUAAUCGGAUAUCUAAGGAUGCCGUGUGCACAAGAGAUGCCCAAGCACUCUCAACCUUUCGAGGGAGAAUACGCUAGCGAUCAUAUUUCCCUAAUGUGCCAAAUACGCUUGUUUUGGGGGGGAAGUACAUAG